CUCCAGCCUGCAACAGGUGCCUUGAGCAGGAAGCUCGCGCCGCCACCCGCUCCCCGCUCCCCGGACGUGUCCAGGACCCACUGCGCCGUGAGCCAUCCUCGGCCCGGCGUGCGCCACAGACACGGUGACCCCUGCUCUGCGCGAGCCUCCUCCCCGCACCGCGACCCUACACGGCCCCGCAGCCCGAACGCCCCGAGCCAUGGACGCCCCGGAUCCGCAGCCCGACCCCGACGGCGGGGACGGCCCCGGCCACGAGCCCGGGGGCAGUCCUCAAGACGAGCUGGACUUUUCCAUCCUCUUCGAUUAUGACUAUUUGAACCCUAUCGAAGAAGAACCGAUCGCACACAAGGCUAUCAGCUCACCCUCCGGACUCGCAUACCCGGAUGAUGUCCUGGACUAUGGCCUCAAGCCAUGCAACCCCCUCGCCAGUCUCUCUGGCGAACCCCCUGGCCGGUUCGGAGAGCCGGAUAGUAUAGGGUUCCAGAACUUUCUGAGCCCGGCCAAGCCAGCAGGGGCUUCGGGCCCGAGCCCCCGGAUCGAGAUCACUCCAUCCCAUGAACUGAUGCAGGCAGGGGGGGCCCUCCGUGGGAGAGACGCCGGCCUGUCCCCCGAGCAGCCGGCCCUGGCCCUGGCGGGCGUGGCCGCCAGCCCGAGGUUCACACUGCCCGUGCCCGGCUUCGAGGGCUACCGCGAGCCGCUUUGCUUGAGCCCCGCUAGCAGCGGCUCCUCUGCCAGCUUCAUUUCUGACACCUUCUCCCCCUACACCUCGCCCUGCGUCUCACCCAAUAACGCCGGGCCCGACGACCUGUGUCCCCAGUUUCAAAACAUCCCUGCUCAUUAUUCCCCCAGAACCUCUCCAAUAAUGUCACCUCGAACCAGCCUCGCCGAGGACAACUGCCUGGGCCGACACUCGCCCGUGCCCCGUCCGGCAUCCCGCUCCUCCUCACCCGGUGCCAAGCGGAGGCAUUCGUGCGCAGAGGCCUCGGUUGCCCCUCUGCCCGCAGCCUCACCCCAGCGCUCCCGGAGCCCCUCGCCACAGCCCUCGCCUCACGUGGCACCCCAGGACGACGGCAUCCCCGCUGGGUAUCCCCCCACGGCCGGCUCUGCUGUCCUCAUGGAUGCCCUCAACACCCUGGCCACCGACUCGCCCUGCGGGAUCCCCUCCAAGAUAUGGAAGACCAGUCCUGACCCGGCGCCCGUCUCCACUGCCCCGUCCAAGGCCGGCCUGGCCCGCCACAUCUACCCUGCUGUGGAGUUCCUGGGGCCGUGUGAGCAGGAGGAGAGGAGGAAUUCUGCUCCAGAGUCCAUCCUGCUGGUACCACCCACCUGGCCCAAGCAGUUGGUCCCCGCCAUUCCCAUCUGCAGCAUCCCUGUGACUGCAUCCCUCCCGCCACUAGAGUGGCCACUCUCCAAUCAGUCGGGCUCCUAUGAGCUGCGGAUUGAGGUCCAGCCCAAGCCCCAUCACCGGGCCCACUAUGAGACGGAGGGCAGCCGUGGCGCUGUGAAAGCCCCAACAGGAGGACACCCUGUGGUGCAGCUCCACGGCUACAUGGAGAACAAGCCACUGGGGCUUCAGAUCUUCAUCGGGACAGCAGAUGAGCGGAUCCUUAAGCCGCACGCCUUCUACCAAGUACACAGGAUCACAGGAAAAACGGUUACCACCACUAGCUAUGAGAAGAUCGUGGGCAACACCAAGGUCCUGGAGAUCCCCCUGGAACCAAAGAACAACAUGAGAGCCACCAUCGACUGCGCAGGCAUCCUGAAGCUCCGAAAUGCUGACAUCGAGCUCCGGAAGGGCGAGACGGACAUCGGCAGGAAGAACACACGUGUUCGCCUGGUGUUCCGCGUGCACGUCCCGGAGCCCAGUGGGCGCAUCGUCUCCCUGCAGGCUGCGUCUAACCCCAUCGAGUGCUCUCAGCGCUCUGCCCACGAGCUGCCCAUGGUGGAGAGACAAGACAUGGACAGCUGCCUGGUCUACGGGGGCCAGCAGAUGAUCCUCACGGGCCAGAACUUCACAGCGGAGUCCAAGGUUGUGUUCAUGGAGAAGACCACAGAUGGGCAGCAGAUUUGGGAGAUGGAAGCUACCGUGGAUAAAGACAAGAGCCAGCCUAACAUGCUUUUUGUUGAGAUCCCCGAGUAUCGGAACAAGCACAUCCGUGUGCCUGUGAAAGUCAACUUCUACGUCAUCAACGGAAAGAGGAAACGAAGUCAGCCGCAACACUUUACCUACCACCCAGUCCCUGCCAUCAAGACAGAGCCCAGCGACGAGUAUGAACCAUCUUUGAUCUGCAGCCCCGCCCAUGGAGGUCUGGGGAGCCAGCCCUAUUACCCACAGCACCCAAUGCUGGCCGAGUCCCCCUCCUGCCUUGUGGCGACCAUGGCCCCCUGCCAACAGUUCCGCUCAGGGCUCUCGUCCCCUGAUGCCCGCUACCAGCAGCAGAGCCCUGCAGCUGCCCUCUACCAGAGGAGCAAGAGCCUGAGUCCAGGCCUGCUGGGCUAUCAGCAGCCAUCCCUCCUGGCAGCACCCUUGGGUCUGGCUGAUGCCCACCGCUCUGUGCUAGUGCACGCUGGUUCCCAGGGGCAGGGGCAGGGCUCAGCCAGCCAGCAGGCCUCGCCCGUGAUCCACUACUCACCCACCAACCAACAGCUUCGUGGUGGGGGGCAGCAGGAGUCCCAGCAUAUCAUGUACUGUGAAAACUUCGGCCCCGGCUCUGCCAGGCCUGGCCCGCCUCCCAUCAGCCCAGCUCAGAGGCUGAACCCAGGCUCCUACCCCACGGUCAUCCAGCAACAGACUGCCCCGAGCCAAAGAGCUGCCAAAAACGGACCCCCGGCCAGUGACCAGAAGGAAGCUCUGCCCACGGGAGUGACAGUCAAACAGGAACAGAACCUGGACCAGACCUACCUGGAUGACGAGUUGCUAGACACACACCUUAGCUGGAUACAAAACAUAUUAUGAGACCCAGUGACUGGUCUUUGAUCCGAGAAAUCAAAGUGAAAGUUAAUGAAAUCAUCAGGAAGGAGUUUUCAGGACCUCCCUCCCGAAAUCAGACCUAGAAACCAACCUGAUCACGCGACGCCUUCUACUUUGGACCGCUUCUGUCUCCUCCUGCCGCCUCUGACUGGAACACUGCGUAUGCGCACAGUGCAGGCAGUUGGUGUCGGAGCCUGGGAGCCUGCUGCUGCCUCGCAUAGAGCAUCUUCGCCGAUGUCCACGGUGACUGGACUGGACGCAAAAAAAGCAACUGCCUGCUGAUCAAAGCCUCCUUCUCAACUCACCAGGAUGCUGAGCCUGAGACGCCCUGCUGGGGCUGCGCUGGCGGAGAGCUGGAGGAACUGAGAUAGCCCACAGACAUGGGUCUACAGACAGUGUAACCAAAAGAGCAAGACCCCAGAGUCCAGCUUCUGGGCUCCAGAAUCCCAGAUCUCUGUGGGAGCUGAAACCGGACGCUCACCUACGCACCAGCUGGGCCCUAGCAAAGCUCAUUUUGAAUUUUCUCUUUCCAAAGCCAAACUGCCUUGCCCUUGACGGAACCACCUAUCCCAACUUCUCAGCCUUAAGUUAUAACACAUGUCCGUGUUUGCUAGCUUCUGGGCCCUUGUGUUUUCCUCUGCUUCAAAGAGCCAACCCAAGGAGGCUGCGGGCUGAGAGCUCUCCCUGCCAGCCACUCCCUAACCCUGCUGCCUGCACCAGACCUCUGGUGGGAUCCCACCCAGGCUGCCUGUAAGUUCUCCUCCCCACUUCCUCCACCCAGAAGUCGGGAGAACCUUCUGGGUCCUUGCAUUGACUGUUAAGGAGCUAAAACCACCAAACCCAGUCAAAAUCUACAGGUGUCUGUCAGGACUGCCACCAAACAGAACAAAGGGGCUGAAAUCGCCCUCUGCCCUAAACUCAAAGCAGGAAAGUGCUGGCUUCGCCCCAGUUUAUUAAUUUUUUUUAACCCGAAUUCAUUUAAAGCCUCCAUAGACUCCAAAACGCUGUUGCAUGAGCUGUUACUCGGGCGGAUCCACCUCAGCGUAUGCCUUAGUGUGAUCAUCAUUAGUGAGGCCAGGUUGUGUGUCCUGUGGGAUUCUCCACACACCCUGCCUGCUUCAGGCGGUCCUCCACGGUCUUCCUCCCCGGGUGCAGUUUUCUUCUUCCAACCGAUUUCUCCCGAGCAUGUGAGCAAGACCGCCUUCUCCCUUCGCCUUCAUCCCAGAUGUCCCGGUUGGGCAUCUUUUUAAAGCGAUUUUCUCAGCUUUGUCUGCUAGGCAGAGGACCCAAGAAGCAAGCCACAGUGGCUAAACACCCACGGUUGGUUUCUUACAUCCUGGCCUUCCUGUCAAGGCCAUCUGAAAGUAAGCCUCGGGAGCUGGGCCAGCUGUGGCCGGUUCUCCAGACGAGAGACCCCGUGCCCAGGGUUCGUCUUGGGCGUGAGAAGUGUGGCUUUGUGAAGUGUGACUUUGUGGUCACUACCUAGUGUGUCUCUCCCCUAGCAACAGGGCUGGGCUUUCCCUUCACCGACCCCAUGCGUAGAUCUGAGCAGAAUUCUCUCUUGAACCCAGAAUGUCCGCAAGAAGACAAGCACUAAGCCUCUGUGAUUCUAAGUACUUCCUGCUAAACAAGGAACUUUCUGCCGGCCCUUUCGGGACAGGAGCUUCUGACUGUAGCGAUGCCGGCUUCUCUGGGGAAGGGUGAUGAGGGUUCAGUGAGUGAUUAGUUCGCACUUGCCCUGGCUGAGAGCCACGUUUUGCACAUGAGGGAAUCGGGCCCUUCCUCAGAUAUCUCCAAGUUUUACCCAAGUGCCUUCCUGUAAUUGUAGUCAGUGGCUCAGUUACACUGUCCACAGGGUGACAAAGGGCUAACUCAUUUCCCAUUGGUCUUCGUGUCAGCAAAGGGGUUCCUGGUAGCUCAGAAUCCUACACCUUCGUGUGUGUGUGUGUGUGUGUGUGUGUGUGUGUGUGUACAUGUGUACAAUGCUCUUCCCUUUAAACUAUCUUAGCGGGAUAGUCUCAAAAACGUGCUGAUAAACAAAUAUUCUAAAUAGCCAAGGAGAGAAAGCAGUAUCUGUUACCAGACAAUAGGCCGGAGAAGGUGUAUGAGCGGCAGAUAGUGAUUGGGAAGGUUUGGUCAGUGCCAGACUCCAGGGGGAGACUUCGUUGGGAGUGACUGCUUCUUAGCCAUUUCCAGGAUAGGUAGACGCAGUCUGAUCUUAGCGAAUGAGAAAAGAUGUCCGAGCAGUGAAGAUGAGUGUACCGCACGUGGGUCAGAUGGGUGGAAGCGGAAGUGUGUUCCUUGCUAAAUCACCAUGGUGACAUUAGGGUAGCACGCCGACAGUUCCGUGUUGCUAAUCGUGGCACUUUCUCUUGAAAGUCCACAGAUCUUCCUGAUUGUACAAAGAUGCCACUACUGGGGACUAUAUCUAUCUGCCCAGAUUAGUGUGGUAUUAAAUUUUAUUUUCUUAUUUGUAUUUUAAUGCUUUUUAUCUGCCCUUAAAAUAUCUCACCUUUGUUGGAGUUAGAACAUAUUUAUAAAUGGUCAGAUGUCUUUUUAAGGGUCUUUUUAAAAAAAAAUCUAUAUCUUCAUUUUCUGUAAGAGAAAUGGUAUAUUCCUGAGUGUUUUUUUUUUCCAUUCCGGAAAACAAAUCCAAAGACUCACCUUGGGUCCUAUCAGGACCUUGGGAUGGGAGGGGACGGGACUUUGUAGGAGAGAACAUCUUUUUCUAACUUGAGAAAGAGGCCUACUCCUUCAGCCUCAAGCCAGGGCUGUCCCUGAGAAUUGUACAGGAAAGGUUUAGUUGGUGGUUGUUUUAAAGCCACAGAACUCUUGUCUUUCCACGGACAAGACCCUACAGGUAGGCCGAUGUUGGCAGAACCAACCAUGUGGAGUCCUCACAGAUAACAGAUGUGGGGCACCCCAGGAACGGCCAGCCAACUUUUCUCCAGCACAUGGCAGCCACGGACGAAGGGAGCGGUCGCCUCCCAAGACCUGGGAUAGCUUGUUCACGCAAAGUAGCCUGCUCAUCCGUCAUCCAUCACCACUAGCCGUGGCCAGCCGCCAGUGGCACUGUCACCCAGGGAGGCCGGCAGCCAAUGUGUUUUAAUUAUCACUUGGAACCUAUGGGAGGCUGAGUUGGUUUAUCUUUGCACCCCAGGGCUCAGCGUUGACAGACCAUGGGGGGCGGGGCUACUUGACAACUGUGUUCAUUUGGGGCUUCAGAAAAGACACAGAGGUGGCCAGGCCGGGGGCGAGUAUUCCUGAACUCUUUGCUGUCAGGGAAGCCUAGAGGAACUUGACACAGCCUCACCACUGGUGUCUCCCAAGCUUGGCUAUCAACCUUCACGGAUCCAAACCAGCCAGCUGCAGAGCGAGAGACUUCCCUGCUGUCCACCCAGAUGCUUACACAAGACACCAUCACCUUCAGCAUCACCUUCAGCAUCACCUUCACCUAGGAUCAUCUCACCUGUGCCUUAACAUCCGGCCUUCAUCCUUGUCUUAGUCCAGUUUGUUUACAGCUAACUCUGAUGACGGGCCAGGAGUGGUGCUUCCCUGAGCAGGCCCCUCUGAGAUCACAGUGAAGUCUUGGGAACUGGAGUCAAAAGUGUUAAUGUUAACACAGCCCCGGGGGCAAAUGAGAAUGAAUGUCCCUGCCCUGGCCUCUCAGGCUUUAGAUGGACUGGGUGUGGGCAGUGCUGUGCUAUGUGAGUAGGAGCCCCAGUAUUCUGGUUGUCCAGAGCAUUGUGUGGGAGCAUCCUAGACAUCAGGGAACCCCUGUCCCCCUGUCAUUUCUCAGCCCUCACAGGAGCCUCACAAUCUCCUGGUUCUGGGAGCUCGCUCCAGCGGGGCCUGAAGACUGGGGUUUGGGAAAAUCUCCACGGUCUGAGGAGCCGGAAUAUUAUCACAUUCCUAUGCAAAACAAUUUUAAUCUCCAGUUUCAUGCGGUUUAUUUUUGCUAUAUGUAAAGUAUUUUUAUACGGCUUAUAUGAUGACAGCUUAGCAAUAAACAGUUGAGAGCAACUUUAA